GCAGCGAAUUUAUUCGUUGCUGUAAUUUUUGUUUGGAUUUUGUUACCAGUUUUAUAUUUUAUUUCAUCAAUGUUUGCUUCGUCAAAUGAUGAACAUUUUUCGCCGACAGUUUUUGGAAUUUUAUAUUUUCAUCUGCCACCGGUUAUUGCUAUACGAUUUUUGUGCGCCUUAUGGUUUUCAGAUAUAGCCAGUGAUUUAAUUUCUCGUUUUACUUUCAGUUUCGAAUAUUUGUGGAUGUUUCAAGGAUACUUAAUACAGCAUCGUUUAUCUAUGAUUGAACAAAACUGGCCGUACUUCCUAGGUUUCGGAAUGCCUCUUACUGUUAUCACCAUGAUAUCCAAUAAUUUUGUCGUUAAUGCGGCAAUUUUUGGAAUUUUCUAUCCUUUAUUCAUAUCUAGCAGUUGUAUGGUACGCUUUUAUUCGUUUCUCCUUAUUUUCUAG